AUGUAAACACAGUAAACAACUUUUAUUUGACAUUUCCGACCUAGUUGCUAUGGUAUUUUAUGUUGCUUAUUUUAGACAUUCAAUUUGUUGACUAUCAUGAGUUUUUCUGUUGAUUUAGUAUCAGAAGACUCAUUUUAUGAAAAUAUCACACUGGGUGUUACAAGAGUCCUUGAGUCAGAUCCUCGUAUAUCAAACGUGGUAGUAGAGCGACGACAGCCCUGUGAUCGCAUAGCUAUUUCAAACUGGGAGCAAAGGCAUUCAACUAUUUUGCCAGAUGAUUUACGCAACUUUUAUGCUUCUAGUGAUGGAUUUUUAUUAACAUGGAAUUUUAAAUAUUCGGCUGAUGAAAUUUUGCAAGUUGGAGCUAUAAGAGUCAAUUCAUUAAGUGAACUAUGUUUGUCCGCCGGAUUAAAAGAUCUUUUGGACUUCUCGAUAACCCGGAAUAGUUCUGGUCCACGACCAGUACUUAAUCCAAAAAGCAAGGUGUUUGAAUUAGAUACAUGUAGGAAUAUUGGAAAGGUUUGCCUUAUUUGUACAAACGGUUCCUGGUCUAUUUGGUUGGCGACUCGCGAAGGGGCAUGGUGCUGGCUGGCGGAUUCCUUUACUUAUUAUUUCAGGAUGUCCUUAGUACACCUCGGUCUGCCAGGCUGGCAAGCCGCUUUCACGAAUUUGCCACUUAUUCCUUGGGCUGAGCAACUUUUUUUAUUGUUGGCGCCUCACCUAUUGGAGAAAGAAUCCGACAGCACGAAUGCGAGCGGCUCUGAAACUGGACUUAACCAUAUAGAUCCCAAUAUAUUCAAGAAUUCCAUUCGCCAUUACAAGACAAAUCGUCAACCUAAUAAUCAAUGACCAUGUUCUACUGUUACGGUGUAAUUAAAGGAUAAGAAACACGUUGAGAGAUGUGGAAAUACUGAAUAAAAUUCUUGUGCA